GCCAUAGCUUUCAUUCUCCAACAAAAGAGCCAAAAGCAAAAGAUCAAGAACAACAAUUAAAAGCAACUAUGGAACGAACAGUAGCUAAUCAUGUUUACCAAGAUUUUGAUCCCUUUUUUGAAUGGUCUGAAGACGAAACAAGUGCCACGCUCACUGUAAUGCUGCCAGGUUUCACAAAGGAACAGUUGAGGGUUCAAGUGACCUCAACUCCUGUGCUUAGGAUCAAUGGUGAACGACAGAUUUUCGAGAACAAGCGGCGUCGUUUCUCUAAAGAAUUUUCGAUUCCCCCAUAUUGUGACACCAAUGAUGUUAAUGCUAAGUUUGAGGGUGGUGUCCUAAGCAUCAAGUUUCCCAAGCUGAUAACUCCUGCUAAGCCUCAGCCACAGCAAAUUCCAACGCCACAGAAAGAGAAAGAAGCAGCACAACAAGAUGAUGAGGUUGAUAAGAAAGAGUUACCACCACAGAAAGAGAAAGAACCAACUAGUCAUGGAAAAGAAGAGAACAAAAAAGAGUCAGCAGAGAAAGAGAAUGAGACAAUUAGUGAUGACAAAGAAAAGAAUCACAAAGCAGAAGAAAAAGUGGCACCUAAAGAAGUUGCUCAAAAGAAGGUCUCAGAGACAGCACAAGAAGGAACAACCACAAAGGAUUUAGAAAGGGCAAAGCAAAAGAUAACUCAGAGGCUGAAAACUAGGGUUUUGGAUUUCACUGUGAGUUUGAGAUCAGCAGAUCAAGAUCACCAGGGUGGUGUUAAAAAAGGGUUUUGUGUUGGUAAGUGUGCAAAGCUAAUUAAGAGGCCAAAGAUAUGGAUGAACAUUGUUGUGGCCAUCUUAUUGGUUAUGGUGUUAGGGUUGUAUGUCAAAAAUGCAUUCAGGUCAUCAUCUCAGGGAGGAACAAAUCAAUUCGAUGAAUUUUAAUUUAUACAUGCGUAUUAAUUCAUGCUUGUAAACGCAUGAUUGAGUUCAAUAAAGGAGUAAAAAUAAUUAACUGGUCUUAUUGAAUAAUUGUAUUCAAAAUGACCAGUUUUCCCUAUGUAAUUCACUUUCUUUCUUUUUUUGAAAAAAAAU